CGAGGAAACUACAGUCUGUGCACUGAGAUCAUCGUUCUGAGGAAGAGUAAACUUCAUUAUCAGGUCGCUGUGAUCAUCAACUACUUUGGUCACUGCGUCUCUCUGGGAGCUCUGCUGCUCGCCUUCACCGUCUUCAUGAGACUCAGGAGUAUCCGGUGUCUGAGGAACAUCAUUCACUGGAAUCUGAUCUCAGCGUUCAUCCUGAGGAACGCCACCUGGUUCAUCGUCCAGUUAACCAUGAACCCUACUGUUACCGAGGGCAACCAG